AUGGAUCUGCAUGUUAGCCUUCCGUGGGAACUAGAGGGAGAAAUACUCUCUCGUCUUCCACCUCAGUCUCUUGUUCGGUUCAGAACCUUGUCUAAGAGAUGGGAUUCUCUUUUCAACGACAAGAGUUUUAUCAACAACCACUUGUCUCUCUCCCGUCCCCAGUUCAUCUUUCUGACCAAAUCAAAGAUUUAUUCAAUAGACAUCAUCGAUCAAAGGGUAACUUUGCGUGGGCUACACUCUUCUUGUAGGGAUUCAAAUUUGCAAUACAGAAGAAUCACUACUUGCGAUGAACUCUUGUUCUGUAAAUAUCCUCCAUUCCAUUCGAAGAUGGAGACAGCGCUCUGGUCUCCAUGGUUGAGACAGGCUAACUUGAUAAAGUUGUCCGUGGGCAAAGAGUUCAAUGUUUUCGGCUUAGGAUACGACAACAGUGGACCCCAAAAGGUUCACAAGCUUUUACUGUACCACCCACCCCAGGUAGCUGCGAUCUACGAGUGUGCUUCUCACGUGUUGAGGUACAUUAAUGCACCUUACGAGGUACACAUGCCUGAAAUAGAUAGACGGUCACAUGUGUCCUUGUAUGGAAAUUUGUAUUGGAUUGAUUCCAACCUCCAGACUAGUGAGUAUUUCAUCCAAAGCUUUGAUUUCACUAGGGAGAUUUUCAAACCCUUUUGUCUCCUUCCCUUACAAGAUAACAAUUGUCUCAAUGAACUUCGCCUUGCGGUUUGGAAAGGAGAUCGGUUUUCGUUUCAACACUUUUUAACAAGGAAGAUUGAAAUUCGGGUAACUAAUAAGAAUAAGAUUGAUGAUACAGAGGAAGUGGUGUGGGUAAACUUGAUGACCUUAACAGCAACUAACUUGCCAAAUUUGUUUCACAAGAAGUAUGGCGUUAGUUACUUCAUCUAUGACAAUACCCUAUUCAUGUGUUGUAGCGACGAUAAAGAUAGACAUCCUUGCAUCUAUAUUGUGUAGGGAGAUGUGUGCAAGAAGAUUCAGAUAGGGUAUGGCAAGGUCGAUUGGUUUUCUCACUGUGCCUAUGUUCCAAAUUUGAUUCCUUUAGAAUUUCAGAUUUGAGUGAAUUGUUGCAACUCUAGUAUUAUCAGUUAUUCUUUUUAGUUGUUGCUUGU